CGGGCGAGUCCCGCAGAGCGACGAGAGGACCCCGGCCCUGCUUCUGGACUCUUCUCUGUCUGGCGGACGCGUUUGGAGCAGAACCGGCGGGAUGGGGAACCGAGUGGCCCGGGAGGACUAUGAGUGGGUGUACACGGACCAGCCGCACGCCGACCGGAGGAAGGAGAUCCUGGCCAAGUAUCCAGAGAUCAAGUCCCUGAUGGGCCCGGACCCCAGACUGAAGUGGAUCGUGUGCAUGAUGGUGGUGAUCCAGUUUUUAGCGUUCUACCUGGUCAAAGACUUGGACUGGAAGUGGGUUUUGUUCUGGACUUACGCGUUCGGCAGCUGCAUCAACCACUCCAUGACGCUGGCCAUCCACGAGAUCUCACACAACACGGCAUUCGGGAAUAACAAGGCCCUGUGGAACCGCUACUUCGCCAUGUUCGCCAACCUGCCCAUCGGCCUGCCGUACUCCGCCUCCUUCAAGCGCUACCACCUGGACCACCACCGCUACCUGGGCGGGGACGGGGUGGACGUGGACAUCCCCACCGACUUCGAGGGCUGGUUCUUCUGCACUCGCCUCCGCAAGUUCGUCUGGAUCAUCCUGCAGCCGCUGUUCUACGCCGUCCGGCCGCUCUGCAUCAACCCCAAGCCCAUCAGCCGGCUGGAGCUCACCAACGUGGCGGUCCAGCUGGCCUUCGACGUGCUGCUGUACCGCCUGGGGGGCGCCAAGCCGCUGGUCUACAUGCUGGCCGGGUCCAUGCUGGGGAUGGGCCUGCACCCCAUCUCCGGGCACUUCAUCGCCGAGCACUACAUGUUCCUCAAGGGCCACGAGACGUACUCCUACUAUGGCUCGCUCAACCUGCUCACCUUCAACGUGGGCUACCACAACGAGCACCACGACUUCCCCAGCAUCCCCGGACGCCGGUUGCCCAUGGUGAAGAAGAUCGCGGCGGAGUACUACGACGACCUUCCUCAGUACUCGUCCUGGGUCAAGGUGCUGUACGACUUCAUCAUGGACGACUCGCUGAGCCCCUACUCCCGCAUCAAGAGGCGGCUGAAGGGGGACGUCAAGCAGGAGUGACGGGCCGCCGCCCGCCGCUCCGGAGCUGCCGCCCGCCGCUCCGGAGCCUCCAGAGCCUCCGCCCGCCGCUCCAGCUAAAGACUCAACAGCUUCUGCUCAUUAACCUGCCUGGAGUCACUAAGUGCUCUUCUUCUUCCUCACACCACGGGAAGAAAGCUGCUCCACACCGCUUCUAUAGGUCAACAACUGCAAGGACAGUGUGUGUGUGUGUGUGUGUGCGUGUGCGUCUGCGCGUGUCCGGCUGCAUGAACACAUCAGUCAUUAAAUUUGAGGUCAAUUUCCACUAUUCUGCCCGUUCUUCAUCUAACAUUCCAACUCCCAUUCGCAAAACUCUUCAUUUAGGAUUUUGUACACGCGCUGCACCACACACACACACACACACACACACCCCUCCACAGUACUGAGAUUAAAGAACUGAAUGGACGACAUUUCUUCUUGUUUGAUUUUGAACUUUAGUCGAAGGUCAACAACAGAAAAGCAGCUUUGUUAUCAGCUGUGUGUGUAUGUGUGUGUGUGUUUGUGCGUGCAGCUCCUUGCGUUAUGUCUGCGCUCGUUCCGAGGAGCACGACUGUUCUUUUAAUUGAAGAUGAGAUUGUAAACUGAGUCUAACAGAACAGCUGCUUCUGUUUCUUCUCUAACGCCUGAAUAACUGCAGCAGACUGAACUUCCUGUUUGAUGAAAGGAUUCAUGUUCAGGGGUGGACGCUGCACCACCACUUCCUGUCUGUUAGACUUGGGUUUUUCUGUUCCAGACGAAUCUGCAGAUCCGCCUUUCCCCACAAGUCUUAAUCUGAAAAGAGUUUUUAUUCCUGGAUCCGAGUUUGAAUGAAUUAAAACCGUUUUGAGAUCCGC